ACCUGUGUCAAGAUUUGGAAGGAUUCUUCAGUGAUCGGAGGCCUAAGUGUCCGAACGGAGGGCUUGGAGGAGGGGACAGGAAGGGAUACGGCUCUGUCCUGUGAGAUCAGACAGUCUACAGCAAGAAUCCAGACUGGCGGGACUAAACAGAAACAGCAGGAGCAGUGAUCUGAUCACCCAGAGAGAUGUGGACUAUGCUUUACCUUCUUCUGAGCUCUUUUAAUGAUUCCAGGGAGGGAGCAGUGAGGAUGCAGAUGAUGAUGAAGUGCCUGCUUAGAUGUGUGAGUCCUGGCUCGUGCUGACCUGAUGGCUGAGGUUAAAGACACGGUGCAGGAGGAUCCAAAUCUGGGCUCCGGCCCAGAUGAGGAUGCCUCUGAGUUGUCGGUUUCUGAGAAUGAUUCAGAUUCUGGGAGUGUGCUGUCAGAUGACUCUGUUCUCCCGGACUAUGAACGGGAAGAUGCCAGUGGAGGCUCUGCCAACACCUUGUACCAAGCCUGUGCCAAGAACAAUGCAGCAGCCCUCCGCAGAAUUCUGGAAAGGGGUGUUACAAGAGAUGAAGUCAUGGAACUAGACAUAAAUGGCAGGAAUGGUUUGAUGGUGGCAGUAUCAAAAGGCUUUGUGGAUCUCGUGUAUGGACUCAAUCAGUGCCCAUUUCUGGAUAUCAAUCAUCAGGAUAAUGAUGGCAACACUGCACUCAUGAUCGCUGCACAGGCUGGUUUCGUAAUCAUCCUCACCUACAUCCUAAAUUACUUCAGUGGUGUGGACAUGGAGCUCCGGGAUUCCCGAGGCUUCACCGCACUCCUCAAGGCAGUGAUCCAGGGCAGCAAUGACUGCAUGGCUUCACUGCUCAUGGCUGGAGCCGACAUAAAUGUUGUGGAUGCCGCGAGGGGGAAGGAUAUACGAGAAUGGGCUCUGAAGACAGGUCGCUUUGAGACAUUAAACAGAAUUAGACGGCUGAACAGCAGGCCUCAGGCUGAACAAUUCUGUGAAAAAUAUGUCCCAGAGUGGCCAGAUCUGAAGGAGCUAGUGACCAAGGCCACAGCCACAAAAAGCACAGGACAGAAAGUCGCCCAUCGCCUGAAGUCUACUUUCACCUUUAGUUUUCCACAUGACCCCCAGGACAAUGGCAUCAUGGACCACAUGGUGCGCAUCACCACAAGCAUCCACAGUCCCUUGGUGGUCAGCGGAUGCCGUCCUCUGUGUCCAUCAAGCCCGCCGGAGAUUGGAAAGAGACGCUUGGCCGUGCCUGAACUGAUGCAGAUGCACCCUGGGAAAAAGCUUGAGGAACAUGUGACGCGGCACAGCAAUGGCUCCAUCUCUGUGGCAUCUACUUCUGCCUCUUCUGUGUCGCUUGGCUCAUGCUGCUCUGACUCGGAGCGGAGAGGCAGCGUACUCUCCAUGGCCUCCAAUGGAGCCCGUAAAUUUGUCCCGCGCAGCAUGGCCCGUCGCAAUAGCGUGUUCCCCACCGGCUGCGUCCCCCAAAUCAAAGUGACCAAGUCUGGAGAGCCAACGCCCAAGAAGGAGAAGAAGAAAAAGCUAACCAAAGGUUAUUUAGAGCCACCGAUAUGGAAGUAUAAGGAGGCUAAAGAGGAGAAGAAAAAAGAGAAGAAAAGGGAAAAAGCAGAACAAGAGAAAAUGAAUAAAGGAACCAAUAAAAAAGCUAAAAAAUGAAUACUGCCAACAUCAUUCUAGACCUUUAUCGUUUUCAUUAGUUAAAGGGCAAUGGGUCAAGUUUGUAUGGAUGGAUAUUGUUUUCACAGUUGUUUUAAAAGAAUGAAUAGCAGAACAAGGCAGUUUAAAGACAUUUAUUCAUUUAUAUAUCCUAAAAACAAUUAUUACCUCUCCAACAACCAGUAGGCCUAUACAUACAUCUAUUUUGAACAUUUUUCAUUUAUGAUGUUUCAGGUCUUCUCCUUUAACCCCAUACUACUUAAUGUGUUUGCGAUAGCAACAUUAUUGAUUGUAAUGGAUAAUUUUACAAAAGACUUUUGAGCUACAGGGUCACAUGAUCAUUCAGAAAUCAUACUAAUAUGCUGAUUUGGUUCACAACAGAACCUUUCUUAUUAUUAUCAAUAUUGAAAACAGUUGGGCUUUUUAAUAUUUUUGUGGAAACUGAUACAUUUUUUCAGGAUUCCUUGAUAAAUAAGAUAUGAACAAGAUUCAUUUCAAAUAUUUUGUUACAUUAUAAAUAAUGUCACUUUUGAUCAAUUUAAUGCAUCCUUGAUGAAUAAAGGUAUUUUCUUUAAAGAAAGAAAGAAAUACUGAUUCCAAACUUUUACACAGUAUAGUGUAUUUGUCGCUGUACUGUUAUUGUCAUUUGUCUGCAUUGCACUAUUUUGCAAGCACUUUAAUAAUCUUUUAUCAUACAGGCAAAAGGACACUUACAAUAUUUAUAUUUCCGCUUUGCCUCUAUGCAAUUACAUUUGAAAUGAAAUGGAUGUAUGAAUUUUUUUCAUUAUUUUGUCUUUUUGUGUCUCAGGGAAAGCACUUAUUGUGCACAUAAUAAAGCCAGGCACUAAAAUGACUCCUUGAAAAGCUACAUCUAUGCAACACUCAUUUUAAAAACUCACUUUAUUUUUAUUGGUGUGCACAUUAUUAUCCUGACUGCAAGACUGAAAUUGUACUGUACAUUGCAGCAGCCAAUAUUUUAUGUGUUCCUGUUUGUUUCGACUGACUAUACAUUGUUUGUGAUAUUCUGGAAGAUAUAUUUACAACAAACAACAACAACAAAAAGAGACUAAUUCAAUAAAGUUAAAACACAUAUUUGUGA